GGCGUGCGCGUGGUGGGCGGGGCCGGCGCCCACCAACAUGGCGAAGACCUACGACUACCUGUUCAAGCUGCUGCUGAUCGGCGACUCGGGCGUGGGCAAGACCUGCGCGCUGUUCCGCUUCUCCGAGGACGCCUUCAACGCCACCUUCAUCUCCACCAUCGGAAUCGACUUUAAAAUCAGAACGAUAGAGCUCGAUGGCAAGAGAAUCAAGCUGCAGAUCUGGGACACGGCCGGGCAGGAGCGGUUCCGGACCAUCACCACCGCCUACUACCGGGGAGCCAUGGGCAUCAUGCUGGUGUACGACAUCACCAACGAAAAGUCUUUUGAAAAUAUUCGGAACUGGGUGAGGAAUAUUGAAGAGCAUGCCUCUCCAGAUGUUGAAAAAAUGAUCCUGGGGAACAAAUGCGAUGCAAAUGACAAAAGACAAGUCUCUAGAGAGCAGGGGGAGAAGCUUGCUGCAAGUUUCGGGAUUAAAUUCAUGGAGACCAGUGCAAAGGCAAAUAUAAACAUAGAGAAUGCAUUUUUCACUCUUGCAAGAGAUAUCAAAGCAAAAAUGGACAAGAAGUUGGAAGGCAAUAGCCCUCAAGGCAGCAACCAGGGAGUCAAAAUCACACAAGACCAGCAAAAGAAAAGCAGCUUUUUCCGAUGUGUUCUUCUGUGAGGGACACGGCCUUAAUCUGAGCUGGACUGUGCCUGUGCUAAGUGAGGUUUCCUCUUUCUGUGGACUUAGUGCUCCCAACAUACCUUGUCACUCUGUGACCAUCUGAAUAAGAAAUGGCUUAUUUUGGUAAUUGUCUGACUCUUCAAUUUUGGAGAUGAAACAGGUUUAUUUUUGUCAGAUUGCCACUGGGCAUGUGUAUUGUCUAGCAGAGGAAGAACAGAUCACAUGUGACCUGGGAUGCAGCACCAUGGCUUCAGUCUUCAUUUGUAUCUGUCACGUAUCCAGUUUAGAAAGAUGAAGUUGUGAUCAAAAUAAGAAACCUAAACGCCACUGUUCAUGAAGUACAGGUGUGCAUACGUGGUACGUGUGCAUAUCCAGAGUGUAGCUGCACACUGAAUAGUGGCAUGAGACAUCCCAGAAAUCACUGAGGUGAGCAGUGCAGGCUGAUGCCUUCCCAGCAGGUACGAGGGAGCUUUCUGCAGCUCCACCUCUUUACUACUGCAGAGAAACUCCUUUAUCUGCCUGUCUCUUACUCUAGACAAUCCACAAGUACAAUUGAUGUUUUAAAAAAAUUCUCCUCAGAGGAAUCUCUAUUUUUUUAAAAAAAAGAAUGUGUGCUGUACAUAGAAUGGGUCCUUACCAUUGGUAAUUCAUCCAUGUUAGACUUGACUGUGCUUAAUUAAGUACUCCGGACAUUCAGACAUGUUUAACAGGAGCUGAUGGCUACACUGAGUCCUGUACAGAUGAUCUGUCAUUUGUUCUUGGAGAACCAGGGUCAGGCAGGGACACUUACACAAAAUCUGUCACCUUACAAUGGGUGGCUUUACCACUCUCCAGCUGGGAAUGACUCCAGACCUAUCGUGACAGAGUAGGUAGUUUUAAAUCACGACAAAGAAACGCAGUGCACUGCUCUCAGCCGUGCGCUCCCAAGCACACUUGCUCACACAUGCAGAUCAGUGUUGCACGUCAGAACUCUUUGUGAGUAGAGUCUCUCUGGGCUGGGACUGGCCUUGCUGCUGGGUGUGUGUCACUGCAGCCAUCAGCCUGUGCCCGUGCACCUCAGCCCUCCCAGAGCAGGCAAACGCAGUGCACUGCUCUCAGCCGUGCGCUCCCAAGCACACUUGCUCACACAUGCAGAUCAAUGUUGCAUGUCAGAACUCUUUGUGAGUAGAGACUCUCUGGGCUGGGACUGGCCUUGCUGCUGGGCGUGGGUCACUGCAGCCAUCAGCCUGUGCCCGUGCACCUCAGCCCUCCCAGAGCAGCUGAUUGCCACAAACCCAGCCCAGCGCGCUCCCGUGUGGGGAAGGCCAGAGCCAAGCACAGCUCCUCAGCGGGUGCUGCUCACAGGGCAGGGGCUGCAGGCCUGCCUCUGGAUUCGACUGACAGAAGGAGCCAGGAGGAGCCUCAGCCUCUGAGGCUGCUGCCCAGGGAUUGCAGGGAUGCUGCACCCGGCCCAGUGAACGCACCAGCUGUGUCUGCAGCUCGCUGGAACUGAAACGUGCUUUGUUUACAUUGACCACUGCACUUAAGGGUAAAAUCAAAGUUGAUUCUGAAGUUGUGGAAUUUACUCGCCAGUUUUGUUUUCUUCAAGUUUGUGGUAUUGAACUCUGGGCCUCAGAGUAGAGCUAAUAAGUGUUGCUGUGGUUAAAUAUCUUGUUAGAUUCACAAUUAAACUGUAUAACUCUGCAGCAUGCACUUGGGCCCAACAGGAACACUGCCUGUUCCAACAUGGGAAAAGAUUUCACUCUGUAAGUUGCUGGUUUAUAGAAAUGCAUUUUAGAUGCAUUUAGAUAAUCUGUGAUUAAAGCUUUCCUCUAACCAAAACCUUACGAUGGUUUGGUUCUUUGUUUACUCGUGGCUUUUUAGCAUGAGGACUUGAUGAACAUGCCCUGUAGUGGGUUUACACGUAGAUGUAACUGUAGGAUAAAACCAUGCUAAGUUACUGAGGAGGCUUCUAGACAGAGUGUAGUUAACACAGACCUGUAGACUGGACAAGCAGCACCUCUGUCUUGAGCUAAGGAUGUUUUUAAAGAGUUUGUGUGUGCUUCAAGAAAUGAUUGAGGCACAACUGGGGCAGUGAUAAGACAGGCUGAAUUUCCUACAUAACUCUGUAACAAUUUGCUUCUGGCUUAGUAAUAACUGUGCAUUGUCUUGCAUCUGUAUUGUGCUUUAUACAGCCAGAUGCUGAGCCAGAUUUAUUUUUCAGAGUGACUGGAAAAAUUGGCGUUUAUCUGACUUGAUACCAUGGGUCUGCCAUGAUGCUGGUUCUUGCCUGUGGACUGUAUCAAUAACUCAUCCCGAGAUGGGAAAGCAAAUAUUCAUUUACAAGUGGGUAAAACGUGAAGGAUGCUAUUGUGAUUUUUCACACAUUUUCGAAAUCUGAAGUUACUCUUGCAUUCAGAAUUCUUUGUAUGUGAAUACCUUCUGUUUAAACUUAGGCUGGUCGUUGCAUGUGUUUAUGUACCUAAUUAUAACAUUAUUUCCUUUGAAGUGGUUGGGUUUACGAACAACAACGUUAUUGCUUGAUCUCAGGAAGUCUCAUGCAGUUACUGUGACUACAGUCAUCACUGUACUUCAGGGCGUGAAGGCUCUACACAGACAUAAAUCUGUGCAAGCAACGUGAAACCCAAAAUGCAAGUGUAGGAGAGGAAAAGGUUAAAGACACUGCACUGCACAAUGUGUCACUAAACACAGGCAUCAAAUCUAGGAGAAGUACAGAAUGUUUCCAUCACAUCAUUCAGUUACUGUGUUUAUGAAGUAUGAAUGUAAUGGGAAAUGCAAUUGUCAGAGAGGUACUCUGUAAAUACAUACUUAAUCUACUUGUGUCUAAGCUUUCUUCAACUAAGGAGGAAAAAAUCAGAAAUGGGGGUACAAAACCUGUAAAACUGAGGAAUGGAAGUAGGUCUGCAAAACUAACUGUACUUACUGCACAUUCUCAGUGUCUAAAUGCCACUAAAAUGUCAAGUAAUUGAUUAACAUUUGUUUUGUAGAGAAACAAACCCAUUUUUGAGCGUGCCCUCAAAUUCCCUUAUUUCAGUGAGUAUCAUGGAAUUCUGUGGUUGACCUUAUUUUUGAGGCUGGUUACAGUACAGUGCACAGUUGUCACUCCUUGGGGUGGAAACCUGUCAGUCUGUCAAUAACUGGUGGAGCUGCUGUUCUAGCACUUAUUUAACACCCGUGUUAUCUUUGUCCUGUGCUGACAGGCACAGCUCAUGUUCCUUGACAUCAGAACCUUAUGCCAGCCUCAGACUUCCAGCCUCAGAUUUAUAAAUCCUAUGGAUUAUUGUAAGUCUCUUUACUGCUGCUGAAAAUCAUUUGGGCUGUCCUUUCCUGUGAGAUGCUGAUCAUCUCCUGAUGGUUUCUAAGGGGCUGUUGUGGUGGUGUGUUUGGCUGAUGAUCGUGCUCAAAACUGCCGUGAUUUCCUGUUCUCUUGGACUUGCCAGGGGAGUGCACAAACAGCUGUGUGAGGAUGGGCUCCUUUGCGCUUGGAGAAGAAUGAUGAGUAACUCGUGUCUUCAUUCCUAGCUUACCUGAAGAUCUGUUCGAAGGAAUGGGAAUGGUAACUGCAGUCUGAGUGUUCCAGGCUGCCUUGUUCCCUGCCCCAUCCUUCCCUGCUCCUCGGAGUCGCUGUGGUCAGUAAAGGUAACUGGCUGGUGAACUGGUCUCUCCAGCCUUUCUGCAGGAAUCACCUGCUCUGCAUCGAGUGCGAGUUGGGACUUAAGACUUUGUUCUGAAGGGAAUUUAACGCAUCCCGAAAUUUGUAAAAAUAACUGUAAAUGGUAUUUUUCAAAUGAUCACUUUUGGCUGCCACCCUUCCCACAUUACGACUGCUUUCUUAAACACUUCUCAUUGAUUUUCAUGUUUGUAUUAAAACAAAACUGUUGUUUAUUACA